AUGAAGCUUAUAAGACAACAUUUUGAGAAGGACAAGAGUGGGUCUACCACGUUGAUACCCCAAGAUAAAGAGGAUUUAUGGGAACUUUAUAAUUUAAUACAGAAGGGAGAUGAAAUUACUCUCAGCACUCAUCGUAACAUUAAGAAAGCUACUCUGGGGAGUGGAGUUGCUCAGGGGAAAGAUAAAGGUAAAACAGAGCGGAAAUUGUUGACUUUAAAGAUGUCUGUUGAAGACAUUGAAUAUACCCCAUCUGAAGAGGUUCUUCGGAUAAGAGGGAAAACCGUUGAACCCAAUGAAUAUGUACCAAUGCAAAGUUAUCAUACUGCAGAAGUGCAACUUCAGAAACAAUUCACCUUAUAUAAGGAUGAAUGGGAUGAAAUAGCUUAUGGUAUUGUUGUUAAGGUUUGUUCUAUAGAAGAGAAGGCAGAAGUUGGAGCCAUUGUAAUGGAAGAAGGAGUUGCACAUUUAUGUUUGAUAACAGAUAAUAUGACUGUACUUCGUAAUAAGAUAGAGAAGUCUAUUCCAAGGAAAAGAAGAGGUGAUGGCGGUGGAAGUAAACAUGAUCAAGCCAUGGAGAAGUUUUAUCAACUUGUGAAUACCACUAUGUUACGGAACUUUGAUUUAGAUAAGUUAAAGGCUAUAAUAUUGGCUUCGCCAGGGUUUGUUGCUGCUAAUUUACUUAAACAUGUACUUGCAGAAGCAGUUAAGAAUAAUGAUAAGACAGUUAUGCAAAAUAAAUCCAAGUUUAUUGUUGUUCAUUCUUCUACAGGUUACCUUCAAGGGUUAGAAGAAUCAUUAAAGGAUCCAUCGAUUCAGAGGCAAUUAAGUACAACCAAGUUUGCCAAAGAGGCAUCAGUGUUUGAAACCUUCCAGAAAGUUUUAAAUGAAGAUGACGAUAGAGCUUGGUAUGGUCCUACUGAGUGUGCACGUGCUGUGGAAAUGGGAGCUGUAAAGUAUUUAAUGAUAGCUGAUGCCUUGUUCCGUAGUGACGAUAUUGGUGUUAGAAAGCAUUAUAUAGCAUUGGCUGAUGCUGUGAAGAAUAAUGGAGGAGAGACCUUAGUGUUUCUGAGUUUGCAUGAAUCUGGGGAACAAUUGAAUCAAUUAACUGGUAUAGCAGUUUUACUUAAUUAUCCUGUGCCUGAUUUAGAUGAAGAGGAUGAUUAA